CUCUUCUGGUCGAGUGGUACGGAGACUGGUAGAUGCAGAAUUACGCAAAUCGAUAAAAAGUGGAAGUAGAAGAAGUAAUGUCAUCAUAAUAUAACCCUAGUUAUUACAAAAUACAAAUUUAAAUUUUAACAUUUUAUUUUUAAUUUUAUGUAGCAAACACAUAUUAUUAUUACUAAUGUAUCAAAUAUUAUUAAACUAACAAGGAAAAAUACCUUUAAAUUAAAGAUAUAUCAUAAUGUGCGAUCUUAAUAUGGAAGAAGAGGCCAAAGUUAUAGUAAAUGACCACAAGCACCCUUUAACUAAAAUCAAUUUUCUUGGUCCCAAGCAGUUCUUUAAAGAUACCUCCACAGAAAGGCAGGAACUAGUAACCAAAAACUUGCAGGUUUUAGAACUUGCAUUAAAACACAAGAAAGUAGACAAAAGAUGUGCUAGAUCCAAAGCUGAGUGGAUUGCAUCUCUUAAACUAGCCAAAGUAGAAAAAGUUGUGAAAGGACUUUUAGAGACCUUCGGUUACCAAGACAAGAGUGGAAUUUAUGUGUAUCCUGAAGAAAUGUUAUACUUAGUGGAAAUGAAUAAAAUGGAAGUUUUUGUGAACAAUGUCCCACUGACUGUCCAAGAAUGUUUCCAUAUAGUUCUAAAUGUACCAAAUAUGACCCUAACCAAAUACCAGGCUUAUAAAAAACUUGUCCUACAAGGAAAUAGGGUGAUAAGAUAUAACGAAGUUGUAAGGAAAAGAAAUAAUGGAAAAAUACCAAAAGAAAAUUCAAAUACUUGUGGAGAUACCAGGAAAAGGAAAUUAGAAGAUGAAACUGAUCAGGUACAAGAGAAAAGGGCUAGGGCAGAAGAGUCGGAUGAUUCCGAAAAUGAUGAAAGAGCAGAUGAAUAUAUUAGAAGAAUAUUUGAGAAACUGAGAAGCAGUUGCCCAAAGGAAUAUAGUUCCAAAGAAACUUUAGAGACCUGUCCAGAUUAUUGCGUAUUUACAAAAAAUAACAACAGUAGAGUUGAAUGGGAUUUCAACUUGUAUAUAUGUGAAUCAGAUGUUAUUAACCAUACAAACACAAAUUCAACCAAACCAGAAUUAUAUGCCAUUUGCAGCGGUGACAAUAUAGCAUUUUAUAGAAUGGGCCAAGUUUGUUUACCACAUAUUUAAACAAAAUAAAUGUUUGUUUUAAAUUUAUGGAUAUAAAAGACUAAGACGACACGAAACGCAGCCUAUCCAGGAUAAUAACUCCUAGUGCCACUUUGGUGCCACCGAGGAAUGAAAUCUGAACUGCCAACUGACAUUUUCCCUGGAUUUGAAUAUUGUUUAGUUAAUAAAAGAUUAUAAUUAAUUAGAUAUAUGGAAAAGUCUAGUAAGUCAGGAAAUAAAAUUCGAAAUUAUUUUCUA